UGAAUUUCUUGGUUGGUAGAACUGACUCAUUAAUGCUACCAACCUCAUUCACUCGAUGAAAACAAAAAAUUAUUUCAAAACAAAGUUUUGAGAAAGGGGUCAACCAAGGGGGUCAACAGUUUUCCUUCACCUUCAGGAUUUGCUAGAUAAUACAACAUUAUGUUCCUGGCGAGGCUGCUUGCCAAUCCACGAGUGGCGGGCGCGGUCCGCGCGUUACCAUUGCAGGAGGGUCUUGUUCUGCGAACGGUGUAUAUGAGCAACAAUUUGGAGGUACCUGCACAUUAUGAAGGUGCCUCAGAACACCUAUCCAAUGUCCUCGGGUGCUCCAAGCAAGAAAGCUGCGCCAUCCUCAUGGAGUUCCCUGAGAUCAAGAAGCUCAACACCAAGCACCUCAAAAACACAUGCCAGUACCUGACCAAAGAUCUUGGCCUUGAACCAAGGACAGUCCUCGACUUCCCUUGGCUUCUUCAGUACAGUAAACAGAUGCUGAAGUCUCGGAUGGAUGUGCUGCUUGUGAAGACGCAGCGCACAGUAUCAUCCAUGGUGCCUCUGUUGCGGUUGGAUGCAGAAAUGCUGAAAAAGAUGUUUGCCAAGUCUCAAAAGCUGGAUGAAAUUCAAGGCGUGGACAAAGAGAAUCAAGACAGGAUCACUUUCCUUAGUCAGAAACUUAAAUGCUCAGAGCUUGAAGCGUGCGACAUUAUUUCAAAAAAUCAUUAUCUUCUAAACACUCCACUGGCCAGGAUGGAAAAAGUCUUUGAAGUUUUAUAUGAAUAUCAAAUAGAUCCCAUUGAUGUCAUGAAAGAUCCAUGGAUCCUUAGAUACAAUCCGGCGCAAAUACGGAGUAGAUUGGAAAUCAUAAAGUCUGUUGGAAUGGACAAAGCUAAGCCUUGGCUUGCGAGGUCUUCUCACGUAGUUUUUAAAAGGAGUCUUGAAAAGUACAAGAGGAAUGAGGAGCUAUUGGGUAAGUCCAUGUCAAAACUGGACUUCGUACAGAAGGUUUUCCAACUAAGCUCAAAGGAAGAUGCUGUUGAAAUGGCUCGGAAGUAUCCUGUUCUGCUUAGAUUGAGUGCAGUGAAGCUGAAUUCUGGCAUCGAGACACUGUUAAAAGCUGGCAUUACUAGGCAAGAAAUAGUAGCCGCACCAAGAGUACUUGCGUACAGCAGCAAAUUGGUCAUCAAGCGGCAUGAACUGCUGCGUUCAAAAUACAAUGUAGAAAAUCCAAACCUGAAUGUCCUUGUCAGAAGCAGUUCGAUGUUCCAUGAUUAUCUGAAAAAGCUUGAUGCUCAGAUGGCAGAGAAAGAGCCGGAUGAUUUAUAAUUUACUUCAACUCGUGUCAUCCUCCUUAUUUAAUUCAACUUAUCCCAGAUCUGAGCACUUGGGUUGUACAUAAAUAUCUUAUAAAUACCAUGAAAACUUUGUAAUUGUAAGAAAUAAAAUUGCCUUAU